ACUAAGCGUCCGCCUCUUGUAUACAGAGAAAAAAGAGGGAGGGGAGGAAAGGAAAACCGGGUCUGGCCUGCCCCUGGGGCGGGGCGGAUUGGAAGACAACAGCCCGAGCCCGACAGAAGAAGCAGCUCGCUGCCGGAGGAAGCCGCGCCGAGUCCCGCGAAGCAAUUUAGAUGUCCAUGAGGAGCCUUGUCUCUCCUCAGCUGGAGCUUAAUGGAGCUGGGAAUAUGGUGAACUGCAACGUUAAAACAGAAGAAAAGAACGAGAGCCACUACAAGUUGACUCAGGGGGAGGCUCCUUGCACAUCACCUGUCUCCAACAGCCCCAGUAAAUCACCCUUGCCACUGGGUGACUUUGUUGAUCCCCUAAUUCUCCCACAGGAAUCUGUACCUCCAGUGGACAAGGCAUUAGAUUCCAGGAACCCUGUGCUCGAGCCUGCCGUUAGCCACCAGGAAAAAUUGGAUUUCAAUAAAAAUCUAAGAGAAGUGAUGCCGACCAUUGAGAAGUUACUUUCCAGUGAAUGGAAAGAGAGACUUCUGGGGAAAAAUCCUAUGGAAUCCAAAGAGGUAAAAGGAACCCAAGAAAGCUUGGCAGAGAAAGAAUUACAGCUGCUGGUCAUGAUUAACCAGCUGUCUAUCCUGAGGGACCAGCUGCUGACAGCCCAUUCAGAGCAGAAGAACAUGGCCGCUAUGUUGUUUGAGAAGCAGCAACAACAGAUGGAGCUGGCCAGGCAACAGCAAGAACAGAUUGCCAAGCAACAACAACAACUUAUCCAGCAACAACACAAGAUCAAUUUGCUGCAGCAGCAGAUCCAGCAGGUCAAUAUGCCCUAUGUCAUGAUUCCAGCCUUUCCUCCCAACCACCACCCUCUUCCUGUCACUCCAGAUUCUCAGAUGGCACUUCCUAUUCAGCCAAUUCCGUGUAAGCCAGUGGAAUAUCCUAUGCAGCUGCUUCAUAGCCCCUCUCCUUCAGCACUGAAGAGACCUGCAAGCUCAGGCCACCUACAGAUCCAGGAAUCUUCACAGCCAUUGAACUUAACAGCAAAGUCUAAAGGCUCUGAACCCCCCAAUGCCUCCAGCACACCUAAUUUAAAGAUUAGCAGCAGUCAGUCCCUCAGUGGUGUUUCUCGAGAGUUGCAGACCAGCCCUCCCAGCCUUCCUUUGGGGUUCCUUGGAGAAGGAGAUGCUAUAACAAAAGCAAUACAAGAUGCUCAGCAACUUCUGCACAACCAAAGCAGAGCUAUAGAUGGUUCUCCAAAUCAUCCAUACAUUAAGGAUCAUAGCAAUUUGGAUUCUUCACCUGGAAAAGAACAGAUGGACGAGUCGUCUCUUCACAGACUGGAUGAGUCUCUACUAACAUGUGAAGGAGAUGGCUCACGACAUUUCCCUGAAUCCAGGAACAACAAUCACAUAAAGCGCCCCAUGAAUGCUUUUAUGGUGUGGGCCAAGGAUGAAAGACGUAAAAUUUUGCAAGCUUUCCCAGACAUGCACAAUUCAAGCAUCAGUAAGAUUCUAGGAUCCCGAUGGAAAUCCAUGUCCAAUCAGGAGAAGCAGCCCUAUUAUGAAGAGCAAGCACGGCUGAGUCGCCAGCAUCUAGAGAAGUAUCCCAAUUACAAGUACAAGCCCCGCCCCAAACGCACCUGCAUUGUGGAAGGAAAGCGACUUCGUGUUGGCGAGUACAAGGCACUGAUGAGGAAUCGGCGCCAGGACGCCAGGCAGGGCUACCUGAUUGCGCCCCAAAGCAGCCAGAUGCCACCUUCCUCUUCGGAUCUCAUGUACCAGCGAUCAGUUGGGAUUCAGCUGGCUCCACCACUGAUGGAUCACUACUUGUCCCAUGGCAUGGAACCAAACAUGCCAGUCAUAGUGAACACAUGUAGUCUGAAGCCAGAGGAAGGGGAUGGGGCAGAGGACAGUCAUUCAAUGCCUGAUGGGGAGAUGUACCACUACAGUGAAGAUGAGGAUUCUGAAGGCGAGGAGAAGAGUGAUGGUGAGCUAGUGGUACUCACAGACUAAUGUCACAAGGAACAAGUAUGGAAAAUAUGGACAAGCCUUUGUCCUCUUUCUAACCUGGAACAAUUAAUGGCAUUGGAAGAAACAAGGAGGAGGGAGCUUGUAAAAGUGGAAACAGACAUGGAGCAGAGGAACAAUUCUUUAUGCCACCAUCUGUGAUAUUGGUAGAGUUUAUUUCCCAUCCAUUUAUCUUCUGUGGAAAGGGAGGAAUUUUGUCUUUGACCUGCUGAAUUUACCCCAAGGAAAUUGAAUAUGAAUUGACUAUGACUCUUGUAACAAAUCUGCUAUUUUUUCUACUAAGGUCAGAACUCCUGCUAAGGAUAUCCCAAAUCUUCACUGAAGUUAAGGGAACAAAGGUAUUACAGAGUCACUAAGGGAUGAACAAUGAGUAGAAAUACUGAGCAGCAGAUUUCAGAAUCUAUAAUCUUUAAAUCCAUCUUCCUAGCAGCUCAGUAUUAAGUGUUAUGUUCUCAGAAAUGAAAGUUUGACUAGAAAAAGCUUCCUCCUUCCAGUCGCAACUGUGUCUAUCUUUUGUGUAGUGUUCAGUUGUAUUGGAGUUAGGGGCAAAUGCUCUGUGGCUGAGUAGCAAUUAUCUCUCUUUUUCAUUUCCUCUGUGGCUUUUUCUCCUUUCCCCAUAAAGCCGAUGUAAAAGCUUACUUUACCAAUAGCCAAACAGAGACCUCACCUGUUUACAACCUGGCUAGCUGCACCAGCUUUUAUUAGCCAGCCAAUCACUAGCAUUCAACCAACAUUUGGGGAGCCUUUUCACUUUCCUGAAAUGAAACAUCUGGGUGGAACAUUUAUUCCCCCUUCACUCCGGAUUUCAGCUAGUUCUGCCUUUUCCCCCACUCCAAUUUCACUUUGUCCUGUGUUUGUUUUGUUCAAUUCCCACCGGCCCUGCCAAUAAAUUCCCAUGGAGCCAUUUUUAGCUCUGGACUUGAAUGAAUACCAACCGAGGUCUCGAAGGGCCCUCUUUACCCUUGGCAGUCUUGGCCCAACUUAUAAAUUAAGCCAUGGCCGGUUUCCCUCCUACCCUUGUUUGCUUGCCAACGCUCAGUACACAUAGGAGGACGCCCUGCAACAAUAGAAAGCUGACUUGAUGUUUGAGGGAUAAAAUGUGAAGUUUCUGAGGCAAUCUUUCCAAAAUUGUUUUCCUACAAGGGUAAUAGCUCUUUCAUGCCCACCCACUAAAGCACUAAAGGUGCAUAAUGGGAAUUAUAAUCCAACAUAUAGGCACCAUGUGAAGGGCACCUUCUUGGAAAAACUAUUCUGAAGCCAUCUUCUGUGAAGGAAAUAGGAAUUCUUUUAAAUGGAUACUUUUAUUGAAUUAGUCUAAUGAUGUUGUAAUACAGGGUAGGAAACCUGUGUCCUAGUUGUUCUGAGCUGCAGUUCAUGAGGAAGAAGAUGUUAUAAUUCAGCAACUUUCAAGGGGUUUGUCCACUUCCAUCAUUCUGGUUUAUUGAGCCUCUGGUAGGCUUCAGUAUAUUUGUAAAUUCAUGUUUUCCUACAUUGAACUCCACACUCAUAGUUUGCAGUAUAAGUACUUGUUUGCUUAUCAUGCUCAAAUCAUCCAAGUUGAGUGUAUAAUGUGUUUGAGUGGCUUCUUUCAUCUCCUCCUUACUCUUUAUCCUUUAGUGGCAUUAGUGAAAGCAGCAGUCUUGCCCUGGUUUAAAUUAGCUAAGCCUUCUUGGUUAAUGAUAACCAGUGGCUACCUUCAGUACAUGGAAAGAACAGUGAUGAGUCUCAUGUAUCAAUUAUGUACAUUUGCAUACUUUUUUUUUUUUACAUAUUUUGCCCCUGUCCCUUUUAGAUAGUCCUUUAAAUAUUUUUGUACACUUCCAUUGGAUUUAAAUCUCAGCAUGGAAAUCUUUUAUUUUCUACUGUCAGAAAUUGUAACAUUGCUGAGAAACUAAAUUGGGAGUUCUUAAACAUGUCAUUCUUAAUUUUUUGACAAGGUCUCCUUUUUGUGUUAGAGUGACCAUGUUGUUAAUAUAACACACUGAUCUCCACAAUUUGAGACCAGAUAUGAGAUCAUGGA